GCCUCAUCCAACUCCACCUGCAACUCCACCUUUUGCAUCUCGACGAAGCUGCCCCCGCGAUUUGGGCUCGAUUGCGCAUUGACGGCAUUCGCAGCCGGAUCUACACAGAACAUCGGCCAAACGACAACACAUUCCGCGACUCCAGUCGAUCCAUUGUGCGAGCAGCGCCCCCCAAAAUGUCACGGCACCCCCGCCAUCAGUCGCUGCCCGAUCGUUCAUGAAUCUCGAAAUACAACCUCAGCUUGACGGGCGCUCUUUCCCGUCGUAACCACGGCAAUGAACGGCCGCGAGGUGAACAGGGCGGAGAGGUUCGAGGACGAGAAGAGGAGGAUAAUCGAUAGCUGCUUCGCCAAGCGCGACGAGGAUGGAUCCCCCCUCGAAACAUAUAUAACACAUAUCAAGAUCACCGAGUACCAGACCUCCCCAACGUCGCCGCCCCCGCCCUCGGCGAGAACCCCCCAGUACGAGAAGCCCCGCGUUAUUAUCGUCGCUGUGCGCAAAUCCGGCCGCGUACGCGUGCACAAAUCCAAGGAGAAUCCCAAUGGCACCUUCUCGAUCGGAAAGACCUGGUUUCUCGACGACUUGACAGCGAUCGAGUCUUUCACGAGCCCGACCGUCAACCCGAACAGCCAGCAAUGGGCCGGAGAUGUGGGCUUUGUGGUGUCGCUUGGCAAGCCGUAUUACUGGCAGGCCCAGUCCGACAAGGAGAAGAAGUUCUUCAUCGCCAGCCUAAUCAAGAUCUACAACAAGUACACCGGCGGGCGCAACCCCACGUUAACAGGCUUUGAACAACGCGAGCUAGACCAAGUCCUCGGCGGUGCCCAAGUACCUCGGCGACAGGAGCGACCACCCCCUCGACCCUCCCCGCUCGACACCGCCCCAAACAGUACGAAUGCCUCCGUUUCUUCUGGAUACAAUGCGCCCCUCAGCGCGCAAACCACUCCGGCGCCGGCCGGCUUUCCUGAACGGAUGGUCUCUCGCAACCCUUUGGUGCCGAACGGAAACUCGUCGCCUGCUCAGAGUAUCGAUACGGGCCGGCCAUCUCAGGAUCAUCAGUCACUGCGCAGGCUCGCAUCUAGCAACAAGAGCCAAGACUCAGUUGCAGCGUCGUCCAUUACGAGAAGCGAAGAUGCAAUCAGCCUACGGCCGAGUACGAGAAACGGGCCGAACGGCUCCUCUCCUUACAUUACCCCUGAGCCGACCCCAGCCCCAGCAUCCGAGGAAAAGCCCCCUGAGCGGAAACGGCCUCCAAUGGAUCCUCUGCGGCCGUUGGGAGUUGAUAAGAACCUGAUACCUGCCCCGCUUAUGAGCCCAGGCAUGCGCCGAGAGCCUACGGUGCCGCCGCGAAACGUAGAAAGAGUCGCACCUCGAAAGGACUCGAUUAGUAGUCGCCGAAACGAACCUCCGCCUCGAGCCGAGGUCACGACGCCCAAGCGGUCGCCCAGCCCGGCGGUUUCAACGCCGCCUUCUGCCCCUCCAACAUCUGCCAUACCACCCAUCCCCACGCCCCCCGCUGACAACACCGUACCGGAGUCUCCGCCAGAGCCUGAAGAGGAAACUAAACCGGGCCUCAGGUCCAUGAUUAACAAGAAAUCUAAGGGGGAAAUUGCGGGAGCGUUUUGGAAAGCUGCGAGCGCAGCUAGCGCGUUCAAGCCGAGGCCUGGUGGUGCCGCGGAACGUCUGCGGUCGAAUCAAAACAAGACUAGCGACGGCCCCGAUGGUAUCACGAGCGUCGUCCCAGCGCCUCCGAAGCCCGUACCAGUUCAAAAACCACCAGAGCCCGCUCCAGCACCACUUAAGGCAGCGGACAAAGCCGCCGCCCCCAGCAUACCCGAAGUCAAGGUUACCGGCUCCGACUCCACCACCAGGUCAAUCAGUGCUCAACCGUCGAUUGGGGAUCUCAAGGAGAAGAAGGCCGAGGAACCAGCGGUGGUGGAGCCGAGGCGUUCUGUCGUCGCCGGCAAUGACACCAAAUAUCUUGCCACGCUCGGCAUAGAUCCGUCCCUGCUCGACAACCGGACGAACGAGUUUGCCAAGUGGUUGGACUACUUUGGGUGGGUUCCAGGCGAGAAGAUGCGCGCGCGCAACUUUGACGAGAUGCGGACAGACCUGGAUCGCGAGUUAAGCAAAGCGCAAGCCGGCGGCUGGCUCGCCCGUUUUCAGGAGGAGGAUGAGAGGGUUGAGGCCAUCAAAAGGGGCAUCGAUCUAUCCAUCACUGAGUGUGACGAGCUCGACAACUUGCUUACGCUCUACAGCGUUGAGCUAUCGACGCUGUCGGAUGACAUUGCGUAUAUCGAGGCCCAGGGCCAUGGCCUCCAGGUGCAAGCCGCAAAUCAGAAGCUGCUCAGGAAAGAGCUAGAGUCGCUGCUGGAGACCUGCGCCAUCAGCGAAACCGACCUCGACGCUCUCAAGGUGGCACCUCUCGAGACAGCAGCUGGCGUGGAGGAUAUCGAGUCGUCUCUUGUGACGCUGUUCAAGGCCAUGAUCAAGAUUGACCCAACACUGGGUAAUAGUGAGUCGCGCAAGAGCGAGGACAUGAACGCCGACCAGUCCCUCGGCCUCGACAGCGACUACGGCAAGAUGCGCAUCGUACAAGAGAAGAAGGAAAUGUAUCUCGCCGAGAGCUCCCAGUUCAUGCGCAGGCUCGUCGUCUUCAUGGAGCGGCAUUUCUCGGAAGCCUUCCGCGAGACGAAGAUGGCACUUGACGGGGCGCUGGCGAAGAAGGCCGACGCCCGCAACCAUGAACCCGGUAGAGAUCUCCUGUGGAUGUACAGCCCGCUGAUUCUCUACGCGAGGGACGUCGACCUCGAUAACUGGAAUCGCAUCCUCCAAAUUUACCAGGACCGGAGCCAUCCGAUCUACAAGACCGAAUUUAGGGACGCCAUAGAAGCGUGGAAAAAGAACGCGAGGAAGGUGACGGGCGAUGAGAGCGAGCUCCUUUUCACUUCGCAACAGGAGAAGAAGGAGGAAGGGCUCGCGACAACGGCGCGGAAGCUCACUGUCAAGCGCAGCCAAACGCUGGCGAGAAGUCUCCGGUCCCCGCUCGGCGAGGGUAGCCGGACGAACCUCGCCGAGAAGACACCGGACGGCAGGGCGCUGCCCUACGAGGUGUUCGCUGGCGUCUUAGACGACUUGCUGCCGUUGGUGGAGAUGGAGCAGAACUUUAUCGUUGACUUUUUCCACGCCACGACACUCGAACAGUCCGACUUCCCGGAUCUCGUCACGGCUUCGCGACCUCACGACCGACGUGGUGGUGAUCUGAAGCGGCACCGCUUGAUGGAGCCCGACCGCGACCUCGCGCGCCGGGUCACCAAGGCGAUGGAGACAAUAUUCAUGUUCCUAGAGUCCGGUUUGCAACAACUGAUGGACUGGGUGCUGGUCAUGGACCCUCUACAAGGCGUCGGCAUCCUGGCCACCCUCGAGCGCAAAAUGGCCGACAUGAGCCAGUCCAACCAAGACUUCCUCAACAACGUCCUUCAAAAGCUGCACGGCAACCUCGAGACCAAGUUCAAGAAGUUCGUCGACGACCAGAUCCGCGCCAUCGAGGAAACCAAAGUCAAGAUCAAGAAGCGCAAGGGCGUCAUCCACUUCAUCCGCAUCUUCCCCCACUUCAGCACGGCCGUCGAGAACAUGCUCGCCUCCACGGACCCGUCCCUCGCCGUCCGGCGCAUGGUCGACCGCGAGUACGACCGACUCCUCAAAUCGAUGUUCGACUCGCUCAAAGUCAUCGCGCGCGAGAACCCGGCGCUCGGCAGCACGGGCAUCCCAUCCGCCGCCACGGCGGCCUCGGCCGCGGCCGACCCGGAGGACAAGGAGGCGCUCAACUUCCACAUCCUCCUCAUCGAGAACAUGAACCACUUCCUCGAGGAGGUCGACAACCCGCGCCGCCUCGAGGUCCUCGACGACUGGCGCGACGCCGCCCACCGCGAGAUGGCCGAGCACCUCGGCCUCUACCUCAACGCCGUCAUGCGCAGGCCCCUCGGCAAGCUGCUCGAGCACCUCGAGAACAUCGAGGCCCAGCUGCAGGGCGGGAAGAGUGCUGCGGGUGUCGCGGCCCAGCCGAGUAAUACCAAGGCCGUGUUUAACAAGGUGCUGGGUGGGUAUGAUGGGCGUGAGGUCAGGAAGGGCAUCGAGGCGCUGCGGAAGCGGGUGGAGAAGCACUUUGGGGAGGAGGAGGCUGGUGGUGGUGGGGCUGGUGGCGGCGGGUUGACUGUCGGCGGGGGUGGUGCGGCUGGCGUGCCGAGUUUGCCGGGCCGGAGCGUGAGCGGUGGGAAUAGUAGUCUGGUGAAUCGGGUUACCAAGGAGUGUGAGAAGUUUUAUGGGGAUGUGGAGAUGCGUGUCGGGAGGGUUACCACGGAUGUGUAUGGUGGUGAUGUGCUGUUUGAGUGGCCGCGCGCGGAGGUCCGGAGCGCGUUUUCGAAUGGGGCGGGGAGGUGAGCUGGCGGGUAGCGUGUGUUAGAUAGUAUGGGGGGCUAUGGUGAUUGAUAUAUAGUUCUUUUCAUUUCUUUCUUUUUGGAAGUUGUGUUUCCCUAACUUAUGAAGUGAUGAGUGGUCAGGGGG